AUGGCGAUUGCCGCUUCAUCUGAGGGCCAUAAUGCUGGCCAGCAGCCCCAUACACAUACACAGCAGCAGCAACAGCAGCAUCAGCAGAGCUCGCAGUCGAACGGCCGGUCUUCGAUGCAGGCAGCUAAUGCUACCAACACAUACGGCCUGAAUGUGCCACUGAGUGCGAGACGGUCCGCACCGUUAGACCUAUCUACCGUCGAACGUCGUGAACAGAUCCCUGCUACUCGAGAUCCUCCCAAACGCAACAGACCUCAUGAUUUACAGGAAGCACCGACCUUCUACCCGACUGAGGAGGAGUUCAAGGACCCGAUGGCGUACAUUCGGAAGAUAUCGCCUGAAGGACGGAAAUACGGUAUCUGCAAAGUCGUUCCUCCACACUCAUGGAAUCCGUCGUUUGCCAUCGAUACGGAGCGAUUUCACUUCCGUACUCGCCGACAGGAGCUUAACUCCGUUGAAGGAGGCACCAGAGCAAACCUCAACUACCUCGACCAAUUAACCAAAUUCCACAAGCAACAUGGAACCAGCCUUACUCGAUUUCCUAGCGUUGACAAACGACCCCUCGAUCUAUACAAGUUGAAAAAGGCAGUCGAAAUAAGGGGCGGGUUUGAACAGGUCUGUAAGCUUAAGAAAUGGGCUGAAAUCGGACGCGAUCUAGGUUACAGCGGCAAAAUCAUGUCGUCUUUGUCUACUUCGCUCAAGAACUCGUACCAACGAUGGCUACAGCCUUACGAAGAGUAUCUACUCGUUGCGAAACCCGGAGUGCAGCAUCAGCUCGAAGUUGAGAACGGUGGACCCUUCACCCCCUCUCCAAACCAGUCUCCAGCGGAAAAGAGAAAACAUACACUGCAGAAUGGCCAUCAGGCAUCCUCAGACGCUCGCGCUGACGAGAGCUCCUCCUCAACGCAGAGAGCAUCCACAGCCCCUAAUACUUCGGCAGCUGACAGUGAGGAAAGCAAUGGAAAUGCAGCUGAAACUCCUCGGGAGGCUACACCGGUGCCCAUACAGCAGCCAGUUAACUCAGGAUUUACUGCCGUGAACUCCAGGCCUAGUGGUUUUGCGGCGAUCAACGUUCCAUCUUCGUUUACCGCCGUCAACAGAGCAGCUCCCGAGGUGAAGAGGGAAUCAGACGAGGCAGCAGGGAACUCAUCUCAUGUGAAUUCCACCCCAGCCUCUGGGAAACCGUCCCCAGACCAGAAACGGGCGAAGUCUAAUUCAACACCCCUUGCGAAUGGGCAGAAUGGGCACGAUGAACAUUCCUUGAAGCGCGUCCAUAGCAGUGACGGUAACUCUCAAGCUGCGAAUGAUGACUCGGAAGAGGGCGGUAACGGUAGACGAAGCAAACGCCUAAAGAAGGAUGGUAUGCCGAACGUUGCGGGAUCAAACCCGAAUUUGCUACGGCCGUCUCCUUCUCAACCAAAGUCUAAGACCGGGACCUGUAAAACCGGAGAUAAAUGCGAAAGUUGCGGCAAGAGCGACAAGGAAUCGACAAUCCUUGCAUGCGACGGCUGUGAUAUUGGCUAUCAUAUGCACUGCCUAGACCCCCCUCUUACAACCAUACCAGACUACGACUGGCAUUGUCCGAAGUGCCUAGUAGGAACUGGUGAAUAUGGCUUUGAGGAAGGCGGCAUAUAUUCGCUAAAGCAAUUCCAGGAGAAAGCCAACCAAUUUAAGAAAAAUUACUUUGGUUCUAAGCUACCAUUCCAAUCAACUUCUGCGCCAACUCCACAGCUCUACGAAGCCGAAGACAGCGUUGAACGUGAAUUCUGGCGACUUGUCGAGAGCUUGACUGAGACGGUAGAGGUUGAGUAUGGCGCCGAUAUCCAUUCGACAACCCAUGGUAGCGGCUUUCCGACGGUUGAACGGAAUCCCCUCGACCCCCACGCGACUGAUCCAUGGAAUCUAAACGUACUUCCUUUACACCCAGAAUCACUGUUCAGGCAUAUUAAAUCUGAUGUUUCUGGCAUGACGGUCCCAUGGGUAUACGUUGGCAUGUGUUUCUCAACUUUCUGCUGGCAUAACGAAGACCACUACGCAUUUUCGGCUAAUUACCAGCAUUUCGGAUCUACCAAGACAUGGUACGGUAUCCCAGGUGCUGAUGCGGAAGCCUUUGAGGAGGCCAUGCGACAAGCUGUUCCAGAGCUGUUUGAGACCCAGCCUGAUCUCCUAUUCCAGCUCGUCACUUUGCUUCCGCCAAAUCAACUGAAGAAAGCCGGUGUCAACGUCUAUGCUCUGGAUCAGAGAGCCGGCCAGUUCGUGAUUACCUAUCCACAAGCCUAUCAUGCUGGAUUCAACCACGGAUUCAACUGCAACGAAGCCGUGAACUUUGCACCAAGCGAGUGGGAGCCAUUCGGCCAAUCUGGAGUUGACCGGUUACAGGCAUUUAGGCGACAGCCCUGUUUCUCGCAUGACGAAAUGCUGUUAACUGCUGCUAGCAAAGAUAAUUCCAUCACAACUGCAAAGUGGCUCGGUAAAGCAUUGCGGCGUAUGUGUGAUCGCGAAAUGGAGCAACGAACGAGUCUCCUGGCGCGAUCUCGGGAGCUUGACAAUCGGAAUAGCGUACAGAACGGAGACCAGCAUGAACCUGCUGAGUCGCUUGCAUUAAACGUUUCCGUGGAAGAGGCUGAUCUCCUUGAAGACGAAUAUCAGUGCAACUAUUGCAAGGCGUACAGCUAUCUAUCCCUUUUCAGAUGCCAUAAAUCUGGGAAGCAGCUAUGUUUAAUGCAUGCUGGGAUAACUGAAUGCUGCGGUAUUGAACCAAGCAAUUGUCUGCGCAGACCUGACCAUUCGAUUCGAUAUCGGCUAUCUGAUGAAGACUUGCAAAAAACCGUUCAAAAAGUUGAAGAUCGCGCCAAGAUUCCCGAAGCUUGGGCGGAGAGACUAGACAGAAUCCUGGAAGAUGAGCCAAAACCAUCGCUCAAGGCUCUCCAUGCUCUUCUAUCAGAGGGAGAGAAGAUACCAUACCACCUCCCUGGGCUGCAGGAUCUCUCUGCCUUUGUACAGAGGUGUGACAAGUGGGUUGAGGAAGCGAACAAUUACUUGACUCGCAAGCAACAAAACCGACGCAAGAACGAGAAGCUCUGGCGGAAGGGGAACCCAGCUAAGGCCGCUCAAAUGGAAGAAAGAGACCGCGAACUACGUAGCAUCGAGAAAAUCCACAGCUUGCUAACAGAAGCGGAUCGUCUAUCCUUUGAUUGUCCUCAGAUAACCGCUCUACACGAGAAGGUCCAAGAAAUUGAGCGCUUCCAAAGAGACGCUCAAGCCGUCUUCAUCAGCGCGCAUACCGCGUCUGCUCAGGCGGUUGAGGAGCUAGUCGAGCUAGGGCGGAAUUUCUGCCUUGAUAUCCCAGAGGUAGACAAGUUGGAACGCGUCUUGCAGCAGAUGAAAUGGAACGAGGACGCGCGCCGUCGACGUGAACAGUACCAAACACUCGAAGAUUGCGCGGAUUUCAUUAAGCAAGCUGAAGAACUAAACAUAUCCGAGGCUAAUAACCACCUGCUAUACUUCCGUGAAAUGUACUGCAGCGGAGUAGCGUGGGAAGCAAAGGCGAAGGAACUCAUGUCUGUUGAAUCAGUUCACUACCAGCAACUUGAGGCGCUUUCAGCACAGGCAGCUCGAUUCCCAGUUUCGCCAGACACACUCGCCGCUGUCGACGCGAUCCUCACAAAGCAACGUGAAGCUCAGAGGCAGAUUUCCACCAUGUACGAGAAAAGCAAAUCGAGUGACUUCCGGGAACGUCCACAUUACCGCGAUGUACGCGACCUGAUGGAGUCGUUAGUGCAGUUGAACAGCAAGCCUAAUGGCACCAUUGACCUCGAACGUGAACAGAAGCGUCACGAAGACUGGAUGAGAAAGGGGAAGAAGCUGUUUGGCAAAGCCAAUGCUCCCCUGCACAUUCUUAAGAUGCAUAUGCAAUACGUUCAGAAGAGGAAUUCGUACUGCUUCGACCUUGAUGAUCGGUUCCGUCCCCCGGUUGAACCUGCGUCGCGAGAGGCUACUCCCGACGGCUCCGGGGAGUCACAGCCCUGGGCCGGCAGUCGGUCAAAGAAAAAGGAUGUCUUCUGCAUCUGUAGACAGCAGGAAUCUGGCCUAAUGAUCGAGUGCGAAGUCUGCCACGAAUGGUAUCAUGGAAAAUGUCUCAAGAUUGCCCGUGGCAAAGUGAAGGAGUAUGACAGCUACACCUGUCCUAUCUGUGACUGGCGUGUUAAAAUACCUCGCGAUGCUGCUCGCCCAAAGCUGGAAGACUUGCUUGAGUGGCAAUCUGAACUUUCCGAUCUUCCAUUCCAGCCUGAAGAAGAGGAAAUUUUAACAUCCAUUAUUGACCAGGCGACGUCGUUCCGUGAUUUCUUGCGCCCAUUCACAAACCCUGCGUGUAUGACUGCCGAAGAGGUUCCGACGCAGAUCUUUUACCUACGUAAGAUUGAAGGUGCAGAAGUUCUCCUUGCAUACGAAACGAAUUACUUCCGCCAGGAAGUUCAUAAAUGGAAUCCAGUUGCUCCUGACGCGCCACCGAUCCUUGAACAAUCACUCUCCACCCGCAAACCACGGCCAACCAAGCAACAAAAGAUCAUGGCUCAGCUCGGUAUUGAGAAGCCUGAAGACAUUCCCCUUCAUCUACGUACUAAACACCACAUCUUCCCUUCCAAGCGCAAGUCUAUUGAACCCCAAAAUGGACGGCCUCCACCACUUCAACCAGCGCCACAAAACCGAUCCAGCACCCCUGUCGAUAACCCACGAUCUGUUUCUGUUGGUACCGAUCAGGUUCCCUCGUCCAUGGCUGCUACCCAAGCCCCUCAAACCCCUGCUUCUUAUCCGUUCAGCCACCCUUUCCAACUUUCAUCUAGCGAACAGAAUACCACAUUCGGAGCCGGUUCCGGCCCGUUCUUGACCCAGGAAAAUGGCGACCAAUCGCCGUCAUUCUCACCCGGCUCUCCUGCUGCUCGGCAUUCUGGCCUCGAUCCCUCGUUCUUUAGCCCUCCAAGCUUUGAGCGCAAUCAUCAGUUACCUCAAGGCUCAGAAUCCGGGAAUAUGAAGGGUAAUACGGGUGUUGGUGUAGAUGAUGUCGACGCCAACAAUCCAUUCGGUAGCAGCCCUCGAGCAAACAUGGAUGAAUUAUUCGCUGACUUGACGAACCACGAUACCGAGCCCGAGCACGUUGAAGAAAUAAGUCACGCCAAUGAAGCCCUAGAAGCCCUUAAGAGUGCUCAAGCCUGUGGUUCCCGCAGAGGUUCAAUUUCUGAGGCAGAAAAUAACGGCACCAACGGAGAUCCUGAUCUUCAUGAGAAUGCUAGCCACAACGGCGACAAUGGGCAUCGAAAUGGCGGUGGCUUAGGUGAAGAAUAUCUAAGCUAG